CCGCUCGGCGCGCCCCUUCCCUGCAGCCCUUACGCACGGGCCGUCCGGCUCUUCCGGUGUCCGGCCGUCUCUCACCUGCAGGUCCCUCUCCCGCCGCUUUUCGUCGCACACCUGGCCUCCCCUGCGGACUGAUCUCGGUUUGUGCCCGGCCUCCGGGUGCCGGACCUACCAGGGCCAUGGCGAGCCGAGCCGCCAGAUACCGGCUGAGCUGCUCGCUCCCGGGCCACGAGCUGGAUGUGCGAGGCCUGGUGUGCUGCUUCUACCCGCCGGGGGCCUUUGUAUCCGUGUCCCGGGACCGCACCACGCGCCUUUGGGUCCCGGACAGUCCUAACAGGGGCUUUACAGAAAUGCACUGUAUGAGUGGACACUCCAAUUUUGUAUCUUGUGUGUGCAUCAUACCUUCAAGUGACAUAUACCCCCAUGGACUAAUUGCCACUGGAGGAAAUGACCACAAUAUUUGUAUUUUCUCACUGGAGAGCCCAGCACCACUUUAUAUACUAAAAGGUCACAAAAAUACUGUAUGUAGUCUUUCGUCUGGAAAAUUUGGGACAUUACUUAGUGGCUCAUGGGACACUACUGCUAAAGUGUGGCUGAAUGACAAAUGCAUGAUGACUUUACAGGGUCAUACAGCCGCAGUAUGGGCAGUAAAGAUCUUACCUGAACAGGGCUUAAUGUUAACUGGAUCUGCGGACAAAACUAUUAAACUGUGGAAAGCUGGAAGAUGUGAGAGGACUUUUUCAGGGCAUGAAGACUGUGUAAGAGGUUUGGCAAUUUUGAGUGAAACAGAAUUUCUUUCCUGUGCAAAUGAUGCCAGUAUUAGAAGGUGGCAAAUCACUGGAGAGUGUCUUGAAGUAUAUUAUGGGCAUACAAAUUAUAUUUAUAGUAUAUCUGUCUUUCCAAAUUCUAAAGAUUUUGUGACAACAGCAGAAGAUAGAUCUUUGAGAAUCUGGAAACAUGGAGAAUGUGCUCAAACAAUCCGACUUCCAGCUCAGUCUAUAUGGUGCUGCUGUGUGCUAGACAAUGGUGACAUUGUGGUUGGUGCAAGUGAUGGUAUUAUUAGAGUGUUUACAGAAUCAGCAGAUCGGACAGCAAGUGCAGAGGAGAUCAAGGCUUUUGAAAAGGAACUUUCUCAGGCAACCAUUGAUUCCAAAACUGGUGAUUUAGGGGACAUAAAUGCAGAACAGCUUCCUGGGAGGGAACAUCUGAAUGAACCUGGUACUAGAGAAGGACAGACUCGUCUAAUCAGAGAUGGAGAGAAUGUUGAAGCCUACCAAUGGAGUAUUAGUGAAGGGAGGUGGAUAAAAAUUGGUGAUGUUGUUGGCUCGUCUGGUGCUAAUCAGCAAACAUCUGGAAAAGUUUUAUAUGAAGGGAAAGAAUUUGAUUAUGUUUUCUCAAUUGAUGUCAAUGAAGGUGGACCAUCAUAUAAAUUGCCAUAUAACAUCAGUGAUGAUCCUUGGUUAACUGCAUACAACUUCUUACAGAAGAAUGAUUUGAACCCCAUGUUUUUGGAUCAAGUGGCAAAAUUUAUUAUUGAUAACACAAAAGGUCAAAUGUUGGGACUUGCAAACACCAGUUUUUCAGAUCCAUUCACAGGUGGUGGUCGGUAUGUUCCAGGCUCUUCAUCAGGAUCUUCUAACCUACCGCCCGCAGCAGAUCCUUUUACAGGUGGAGGUCGUUAUGUGCCAGGGUCUGCAGGUGUGGGAACUUCUGUGGCUGGAGCUGAUCCAUUUACAGGGAAUAGUGCCUACCAAUCAGCUGCAUCUAAAACAGUGAAUAUUUAUUUCCCUAAAAAAGAGGCUGUCACUUUUGACCAAGCGAACCCUACACAAAUAAUAGGUAAACUGAAGGAACUUAAUGGAACUGCCUCUGAAGAGAAGAAGUUAACUGAAGAUGACCUGAUAGUUCUUGAGAAGAUACUAUCUUUAAUAUGUAAUAGUUCUUCGGAAAAACCCACAGUCCAGCAACUUCAGAUUUUAUGGAAAGCUAUUAAGUGGCCCGAAGAUAUCGUCUUUCCUGCGCUUGACAUUCUUCGGUUGUCAAUUAAGCAUCCCAGUGUGAAUGAGAACUUCUGCAAUGAAAAGGAAGGGACUCAGUUCAGCAGUCAUCUUAUCAGUCUUCUGAACCCUAAAGGAAAGCCAGCAAACCAGCUGCUUGCUCUGAGGACUUUUUGCAAUUGUUUUGUUGGCCAGGCAGGACAAAAACUCAUGAUGUCCCAAAGGGAAUCACUAAUGUCCCAUGCAAUAGAACUGAAAUCAGGGAGCAAUAAGAACAUCCACAUUGCUCUGGCUACCUUGACCCUGAACUAUUCUGUUUGUUUUCAUAAAGACAGUAACAUUGAAGGGAAAGCUCAAUGCUUGUCAGUAAUUAGCACAGUCUUUGAAGUUGUACAAGACCUAGAAGCCAUUUUUAGACUUCUUGUGGCUCUUGGAACACUGAUCAGUGAUGAUUCAAAUGCUCUACAAUUAGCCAAGUCUUUAGGUGUUGAUUCUCAAAUUAAAAAGUAUGCCUCAGUAUCAGAACCAGCUAAAGUAAGUGAAUGCUGUAGACUUAUCCUAAAUAUGCUGUAACAAUGGGGCAGGGGCUGAGAUUUUAAAUGGAUUAGUGUUUUUUUUUUUUUUCCUCACAUUUUACAUGACUGAUAACAGAUCAUUUUUUUAAAAUGAUGUGGAUUAAGUAAUAUUUCAGAUCUUGUAAUGUGGGGUGGGGGGGAACAAAGGAGAAAUAAAAUUUUUACACUGAAGAACUGUGAGAUUUUCCUGUAUAAUAUGGGUAGGUUUUCAAGAUUUAGAAACAAAUUAAGAAUGAGCUAUAAUCAAUAACACAACUGCAGUGGCAUAAUUUCUCUACUUUAGCCACACAAGAGAAGACAAGUGCUUUUAUUUAUAUAAUGUUUUUACUACUGAUAUAACUGUAGUUAUUAAUUGUUGAUAGCUGUCUUUUAUCAAAUUUCUGCUCUACUCACUUUCAUUGCUGGGUUCUUUCAACAACACUGAUACAAGGUCUUAUUUAGAAUGUUUUAAAAAUUAAGUUUAUUGUGAAUGGUUCCAUAUAUUGAAAAGAUAUAAAAUAGCUUAUUCAUUUAAGUUAUUUAUAAAUAGAAAGUGAAUUUGUUCGAUGGCUCAUUUCUAGAUAAAGUAAAAGUAAAACUAAACUAUGCUAGGUUCGUUAUCAGUUCAGACAGAUGGGACACCAAUUUAACUCAAGGCUUAUAAUAGUUUCUUUUGUCCUUCACUUUUCUAGGUAAUUUCAUUAUUCAUUCCAGUUUUAAAAUUUCAUUGUUUAUUUUUGGUCAUUUUCAUGAUCUUAAAGGGAAUUUGGGAUGCACUGAAUUUUAGGCAGUUGUGCAAGCAAGAGUACAUCAAACUAUGUUAUUUGCCAAUCCAGAGCCUGUCCUGUGAAAUAAGUGUUGGUUGAGCCCCUAACGUGGUCCAGGUGUUGUGUUAAAAAUGAUGUUUAAUUCCCAAACCCUUUAAAUGAAUUGUGAUGCUAUCUCUUUAUUUUCAGAAGUAAAGAUGAUGGGAUGAAUCAUGAUAGGAGAGAAAAAGAAAAGUGCAUACAUGCUAUACUUCCUAGAGAAGGGGGGGUCACAAAUUUGUGAACAUCCUAGAAACACAAAAAAGGAACCCUAUUAAUUACAUAAUAUAUUGUGUCUGAGAGAACUUAGGAUAAGUGUAACUUCCUAUUUUAAAAAGUGGUAAAGAGCCCUGGCUGGUGUAGCUUAGUGGAUUGAGCACGGUCCUGCGAACCAAAAGAUCGAAGUUCGAUUCCCCAUCAGGGCACAUGCCUGGGUUGCAGGCCAGUUCCCAGCAGGGGACACAAGAGAGGCAACCAUACAUUGGUAUUUCUCUCCUUCUCUCCUUCCCUUCCCCUCUAAAAAUAAAUAAAAUUAAGAAGAUGUUUUUUAAAAAUUGCAUCCCUUUAAAAAAUAAAAUAGAAAGUGGGAAAGAUCUUUUCAUAACGAGGACUUUGCAUAAAAUUGAGCAAUAUUCUCAUUUUUGUUAUAUAAAACCAUGAAUUUCCUGGCUUUAAUGCCAAAUUGUAGUCAAAGAAGAACAAUUCCCCACUAGGGGAGGAAAAGAGUCUUGUCUAUGUUAAUCCAAGGAAAAAGUUGGAAUGUCAUAAAAAGAAUAGGUAAAAUAUAAAUAGAGAGGACAUGUUUUUUGCCAAGUACUAAAUUAUAGCUUUCUGGUGUAUAUCCAGACUUGAUUCUAUUUGCUGGUUCCAUUGUAAACCUACCUAUGCUUUACUAUUUUUGAUUUGAAAUUUAGGGGUUUAAAUCAAAGUUAAAUUGUAAAGUUAAGAGUUUUUCCCACGUCACCCUAGUUCUACUAUAUUACAAUACUUUUUUUUUUUUUAAGAUUUUAUUUAUUUUUAGACAGAGGGGAAGGGAGGGAGAAAGAGAGGGAGAGAAACAUCAUUGUGUGGUUGUUUCUCACAAGCCCCCUACUGGGGACCUGGCUUGUAGCCCAGGCCUGUGCCCUGACUGGGAAUUGAACUGGUGACCCUUUGGUUCACAGGCUGGCACUUAAUCCACUUGAGCCACUCCAGCCAGGGCACAAUGCUUUCUUGUUAGCAUGUUACAAACAAUUUAUCUACAAUACUUUGAAAUACUAGUUACCGUUGCACCUAAGUCUUGGUUAAGAACAUGCAUUCACUUUUCAAAAUCUAAAAGGUUACAUAUUAUAAACACUGUUUGCUUCCCAUUAGUAUACAAAUCUUUAUAAGAACUUUUUAUUAUACCAGUACUUCAUGAUUAUUGAAAAGAUAUAGUUUAGCAAGAAAAAAUCCCACUUGAAAGAUAAGUGUUAAAUGGUGGUUAAGUAAUAUUUUAAGUAUUUUUUCUUUUUCAAUUAAAGAUUUUUUUCAUGAUUUCCAUAAUUUUUUCUGAAUAUAAAAGUACAUAUUUGUUGAAUAAAGACACACACCAGUAAAAACUGCCUGUAACCACACUACCCAGAGAGAACCAUUCUUAAUGCCAUAUGAAUCGGUAUGUAAGCAUGUGGGAUUUUUUUAAAGGAAUGAUAUACAUUGUUAAAUAGCCUGAUUUUUAAACUUGACAUAUAUUAGUAUACUUCCUU